AUGCGUGACCCAACUUGCCAUACGUACAUUCUUUACAAGCAAGACUUAAGUGAGACUAUUCACUUUUGUGUAAGUUUUCUGCUCUGCAGUAACGAAGUGAAGCGAAAGUUACAAAUGCUACAUCAACAAUCAACUGUGAAAUUAAACAAGUACAUGGCUCGAAUGAUAAGUGAUGCAACAACAAGAAAGUCGGAAUUUUUCUUUAUUUAA